UGGAAAAUUAACUCGCAUCUGUGUAAAUUGUGUCUAAAUUAGACAGUCUAAUACUUAUUUUUAAAAAACUAUGAAUAGUGUGUAGUGAUAAUAUAGUUCACGACACAUGAAUAUUAAUAUUUAACCGUGCCUGGCCCGUCGUGACCUGAAAGCAUCAAGUACCCUGUCCAUACACCAUAGACUAAUUAAGACCUGCAUUUUAAAGUUUCAACAAUCAAAAUGCCCCGUAAAGGACCUGGAUUGAAGGUGAUUGUGGACACGUCUGCCCCUCCGGCCCCCCUCGUGCCACGAAACUUGGACACCUCAACCACAAUCACCAUCGAUCAUGAUACGUUCGUUGUUGCAGCGGAUGACCUGGAAGUCAUAUCCGAACUUGGGCGAGGUGCGUAUGGCGUGGUAGAGAAAAUGAAACACAAAACGACAGGGACCAUGAUGGCUGUGAAGAGGAUACCAGUUACUGCAAAUAGCAUUGAACAGAAAAGAGUGCUAAUGGAUCUCGAUAUUUCCAUGCGAUCAUCGAAUUGCAGUUUUACAGUACAAUUUUACGGAGCUUUGUUCAUGGAGGGGGACGUGUGGAUUUGCAUGGAAGUCAUGGACCUGUCCCUAGACAAGUUUUAUCCACUGGUUUUCAGCAAGGGGAGUACAAAAAUGCCGGAGAAUAUCAUCGCCAAGAUUGCAUAUUCAGUUGUUAAAGCAUUACACUACCUCCAUUCUGAACUUCAUGUAAUCCAUCGAGAUUGUAAACCAUCUAACAUCCUGGUGUCGCGACAAGGUCAGAUUAAGAUGUGUGACUUUGGAAUCUCGGGAUAUUUGGAAAACUCUGUUGCAAAAACAAUUGAUGCUGGGUGUAAACCUUACAUGGCACCUGAAAGAAUUGAUCCUUCUGGGGAUCCUUCCAAAUAUGAUAUCCGAUCAGACGUUUGGUCCUUGGGUAUUUCGCUAGUGGAAUUGUCUACAGGGAAGUUUCCGUACUCCUUGUGGGGGACACCGUUUGAUCAACUCAAACAAGUAGUUGUAGAAGCUGCUCCUAGACUACCCACAGAUGCUGGAUUUUCCUUUGAAAUUCAAGACUUUAUAACUCAGUGCCUUCAAAAAGACUAUACUCAAAGGCCGUCCUACAAUGCCUUAUUAGAUCAUCCUUUCAUUGCUCUGUUGGAGAAGACUAGUCUUACAAAUGGAUCCUGUCCUUGGCCAGAUGUUGCAGAAUUUGUAGCUCAGAUUUUGGACUAAGUAAAGUCAUCCGAUUAUAUGUAACAUGUAACAUUCAACUGAUUCAACAUGUGUAUAUUAUGUGUCCAUGUAAUGCCAAAAAUCAAACAAGCUAGCCCACCUAGAAAUUAAUAGUGACGAAACAAGAACUUACAUUUUUUAUUGUUAUUUUGUGAUUGUUUUAAGUAUGUACAUAUCGUCGUCAAAAAUUGAAAUUGAAAUAUUUUAUAUUGAACAUCACAAUAACACAGGAACUACUAGUAAAAUAAAUUUAUUAAUUCUGUACAAUACAAAUGCAACACGAACAAAAGAGUUUCCAAAAAAAUCUUUUUCCCAACCAGUUACUUUUUAAUUCAAAACGGAUACAGUAAUUCUAUACUCAAAUUGUAAAUUACAAUUUGUAAUUUAGAAUAGGUAAUAAAUGUUGAGUUUAAUUAUAACUGACAAACAAAUCGUGCAAUACUAUGUACACGUAAGGCUUUAAAUCAAUCAAUAAUAAAUCGAUCGUUAUAUUACAAAACA